AUGUUACGCGAGGGAGGCGACACAUUUCGGGAAGGUGAACGUCAUAACCAAGCCGGCGGAGGCGCGGGAGAUGGCAGUCGCGGAACACAGGAUCCGACACGAAAGGAACAACCGCAGGACUCCGAGGCACGUCGGCAAACAACAGGAACGAAGGAGCUGUUGACAAGCCAGAGGGGCGUAACGGAGGGAGACGCGCGGGGUGAAGAUAAGAUGACCACAACCAAGGAUCGGCGAGGAGAAACCGGUGGUAACGACACUGUGGGCAGCGAGGUGUCUGGGGUCUGUGGCCAAUCCACGGGGACCAGCGAAGGCGCGACGCCCCGAACGCUCGGCGAGCGUGCAGAUGUUCCAGGGAUUCGGUCGUCCUUCCCCCUGGAGUCGUCCCGUGAUCUUCGUCGAAACCCUCCUUUGCCGUUCACGUCCUCCUCUGGCGAAUCCGGCGACACCCGUCGCUCUCUCCGGUCUGUAACUAUCGCCUCAGAUACGCGCUUGAUGAUGGACCACCCGGGCGCGAAAAUGGGUUCGGCUUCUCACGCGCUCGAGAGGCAGGAGGCCUCCGCUGUGGUUUCUGACGCAAAACGUCGGCCAGUGGACAUCCAGCACGUCGCCAUUGGUCAUGAGGCGCGCGGAAACGCCGGCGUGGUUGCAGACGAAAGAUGUCAAAGUGGAGACUUGGAAGAGCUCUCAGAGCACCAGACGUGCUCCCGACACGGGGGCACACAGGAGUCGGAAAUCUGUGUGAUGUCUCCUUUCGAGGGUUCGGACUCGACGCGCAUUCGGUCGUCGUCUUCGGUAUCCCCCGCUACACCUGAGCUCGCAUCUCGGUCUGCUUCGUCUCCUUCGCUCUAUUCACCAGUUUGUCAGCAGGUCCACACAGCUCAGGUAGACACACGCUCAGUUGAAUGCGGUGUAGCCACGGCUUUGGCAGGCGUCCGCUCGGAGUCAUCGGAAGGCGCCUCGGUUCCUUCCCGCUCUCGCUCUUACGGUCUCCAGUUGGAGAGGCUUCAGAGCGAAGCCGCACAGGCGAAGACGCGUCAGCGCCACAACAGUUCUGCGUCUCGGCCAGCUCGUCGAGAGCAAUGCGAUCCUCUCUCGAGGGCCCGAACUCGCGGUUCGCCUUCGGAGUCGGUGCACGACCAACCAGACCAGCACAGCCCGAGGUGCGGCCUGCAGCGGCCUCGCGCGAGCAGCGAAACGCUCCGAAGCACUUGCCUCGCCGAGCACGAAAUUCAGCUGCUUUACCUGCGGCUCCGACAUGCCCGCGAGCAGCGGCAACUGAAGCGGAAGAUCGCCGAGCUGCGCCGCAUGCACAAGGACGACUUGGCAGCGAUCAAGAGGAAAUACCGAGAAGCAAUGGAUUUCCUCGAGUCACGGGAGCGGCGCCUGGCACAGCAACACGACGACGAACUGCAGAGACUCGAGGAAAGCCAUCUGAAACAGGUGGUGGCAAGGGGUGUGAAACUCCUGCGUCAAUGGCGUCAGCGAACGACGGCGGGGCCCACCGUAGCCGAAACGCGCGCUAGACAGAUUCCGAGCACCGCCCCCAGUCGCUUGGUCAUCGUAAAGCGGGAACGUGAGAAAUGGGGCACGAAACGGUGUAGCUUGCCGCAGGGGGAGACAGCCUCACGAGGGUAG